GCCAGGGAGGAAACUGGGGGUGCAGACGCACGUGGGAGGGGCGCCGACCCCGGGGCCGUGCCGAGCUGGAGGGUGCAGAAAAAGCGGGGAGGGAGGCUGGCGUUCGGACCGAGCCUUUCCCAGCAGGAGAGAGGGCGUGGACGGGACGUCCCAGGUUUGCGGCGCAGGCAGCGUCACCCAAUCCACAGCCGACCCCACCCUCCGGGCCGCGCGGGUCCCCUCCCUCUGGACUGAAACCCGAGGAGCCGCCGCGCCGCGGGGCCUGGUGCACUUGUCCGCUGCCGGUCGGCGGGAGGCGAGAACCCGGCGCGGCCGCUCGGAGCGGGCCCGACUCGGGGCAGCACCGGAGCGGGCCGGGCAGCAGUGGGCGCUCGCGAUCCUCCUCUGCCCAACGCGCUCUCCCUCAGGGCCCGGCCUCCUCCGUCCCCUCCUCCUGCUCCUGCUCCUCCUCCCGCUCCUCCCCUCCGCGGGACUGAUCGCCAAGCCUCCCGCCUGCAAAGUCCCCGGCGCGCCGGCAGCUACCAGCCGCCGUCUCUGCUGGAUCUCCGUGGGUGCCUGCGCCCCAGCCUCGUCCGCCUGCCCCGAGGCGCCCCCCUCCCUCCCGGCUCGCUCCGCCGGCCGCCGGUGCUCCGCGGCGCUGCCCAUGGCCCAGCCCGAGAGCCGACUUCGGGCGCCGGACCGGCUGGACCGCGGCGCAGCUCAGUAACUGGCGGCCCGCGACACCCAUGUGUCACUGAUCGGGAGGCUCUCCCCGCGGCAGCGCUUCAUGACCCAGCGGCGCCCGGCCCAGUGAAGCCACCAUGGUGUCCAGCACAGCGGCGCUGCUCCUGGGCGCCGUGCUCCUGGUGGCCCAGCUGCAGCCCGUGCCUUCCCGCCCCGCCGCCGCCGCCGCCGCCGCCGCCGCGCCCGGGGCCCAGCCGGGCCAGCCGGAGCUGUCGCGCAGAGCGGCCACCGUCCAGGGCGACGGCCGGGAUGGCGCGCCCCCCAACGGCUCGGCGCAGCAGCUGCCGCAGACCAUCAUCAUCGGCGUGCGCAAGGGCGGCACUCGCGCGCUGCUGGAGAUGCUCAGCCUGCACCCCGACGUGGCGGCCGCCGAGAACGAGGUCCACUUCUUCGACUGGGAGGAGCACUACAGCCAAGGCCUGGGCUGGUACCGGGGCCAGAUGCCCUUCUCGUCCCCGCAGCAGCUCACGGUGGAGAAGACCCCCGCGUACUUCACGUCGCCCAAAGUGCCUGAGCGCGUCCACAGCAUGAACCCGGGCAUCCGGCUGCUGCUCAUCCUGCGCGACCCGUCCGAGCGCGUGCUGUCCGACUACACCCAAGUGUUCUACAACCACGUGCAGAAGCGCAAGCCCUACCCGUCCAUCGAGGAGUUCCUGGUGCGCGACGGCCGGCUCAACGUGGGCUACAAGGCGCUCAACCGCAGCCUCUACCACUUGCACCUGCACAACUGGCUGCGCUUCUUCCCGCUGCGCCGCAUCCACAUCGUCGACGGCGACCGCCUCAUCAGGGACCCCUUCCCCGAGAUCCAGAAGGUCGAGCGGUUCCUGAAGCUGUCGCCGCAGAUCAACGCCUCGAACUUCUACUUUAACAAAACCAAGGGCUUUUACUGCCUGCGGGACAGCGGCCGGGACCGCUGCUUGCACGAGUCCAAAGGCCGGGCGCACCCCCGAGUGGACCCCAGACUCCUCAGUAAACUGCACGAAUACUUUCACGAGCCAAAUAAGAAAUUCUUCGAGCUUGUCGGCCGGACAUUUGACUGGCACUGAUUAGCAAUAAAGUGAGGCUCGGAACCUUUCCCGUGUAAGUUCUGGUGUACGUCUGGGGGAGAGAGAGAAAAAGAAGAAUUUUAAAAGGGCAUUUAAGCUAUAAUUUAUUUGUAAAGUCCAUAAAUUACUUCUGUACAGUAUUAGAUUCACAAUUGCCAUAUAUACUAGUUAUAUUUUUCUACUUGGUAAAUCGAGGGCAUUUUGUAUUGUUUUUCAUGGUUGUUAACAUUGUGUAAUAUGUCUCUAUAUGAAGGAACUAAACUAUUUCACUGCAAAAAAAAAAAAAAAAAAAAGCAACAAAAAAAAAAAAAACAACACAGAAAUCUGGAGACCCUGUCUUUUUUGAAUAUGAUUAACUUGCCCCGACUCAAAAUAGCUGUCUGUGUUAUAUUCGUUGCAAGAUCUAUAUAUUCCUUUGUUACUUUAAAAAGAAAUGUUUUUCAUGGCAAUUAUGCUUCUCUCUUGCCCUCUCUUUUCUUCAUUGUUCUUUUUAAUUUUUAAUGUCUCGCUGUGGCCAUCAGAUUUAUUUUUUACUUGCAUUGUGAGAUCUGUCUUCACUGAGAUAUCCCCUGUUAUUUUCCGGAGGUUUCAGGUUUGCCCAUUCUUGACAGCAGGUUCCGGAGUGUGGAUUUUUUUUUUUUUUAACCCCCGUAGACUCCGCGUGGACAAAGCAAUAUUAAGACUGGAAGAGUCGUUAAUACCCGCGAGAGGCUCCCCGUUACACAUCUCUGCCUCAAAGAGUGCUUGCACCCGUUUCUGAGCUCAGCAAUGGGCAAAACGACACAAUAAAGGGGAUUAAACCGUUGGCCUUCA